AUGUCCGGUGAAAAACAUGUUAUGUUAUCAUAUCAAUGGGAUAGUCAAAAACUUGUUACAGAUGUUUAUAAACAUCUUUCUGAACAUAAAAUUCCAUUAUGGAUGGAUACUCAAGGUGGAAUGAAAGGACAUUUAAGUACAAGUAUGGCAGAAGGUGUAGAAAAUGCAGUUGUAUUAUGUUGUUUUCUUACACCACAAUAUCAAGAUAGUGUUGCAUGUAAAGAUGAAUUAACAUAUGCUAAAGAACGACGUGUACCAAUUAUACCAAUACGUUUAAUUCAAGAUUGGAAACCAAGUGGAUGGUUAGGAUUUUCUGUAACUGGUCUUAAAUAUAUUAAAUUUACUGAUUAUUCAACAAACAGUGAUUUAAGAAUUAAGGAAUUAGUUGCAGAAAUUCAAAUGGUUGCAGGGAAACAAUUUAGUUCCAUUCAACCUUUAAACUGGAAUGAAGAAGAAGAAAAACAUCAUGAAGAAACUAAUAAUAGUGUUGCAAAUAAUGACGAAAUUGAAAGUACAAAAAUUCAUUUUGAUGAAAAUAGUUAUUAUCGUUUAACAACUCAAUGGCAAGGAGAUAAUAAAUCUCUUGAUAUUCUGAAUGAUGGUAAAAAUAAUAAUAAAGUUCAACUUGCUCAAACUGGAAAUUAUAGUGGUCAACAUUGGAAAAUAAAAUUAAUUCAAGAUGAUUAUUAUAGAUUAACAACACAAUGGCAAGGUAAUGAAAAAUCUCUUUCAAUUCUUAAUAAUGAAAUUAUACUUGAUAAAACAAGUAAUGAUAAUGCUGGACAAUAUUGGAAAAUAACUUUAUUAAAAAAUAAUUAUUAUCGUUUUACUUGCAAACAACAAGGAUAUGAAAAAUCUCUUGAUAUUAUUAAUGAUGGACAAAAUAAUAAUAAAGUUACACUUGCUAAAAGUGGUUGUUAUAGUGGACAAUAUUGGAAUAUAACACAAAUAUAA